ACGCUCAUUGGCCUGGGCGGCGCAGCCAAGCUGUCAGCCCAUGUGGCGUGGCCGCGCGGGGAUGGCCGCGGUUUAAAUAGCGCCAGCGCGGCCUAGAGGGAGCCAGAGAGACGCAGCGGCGCCCCUCGCUCCUCCAUCAGCGUUCCGUGCUCUUCACCGCCAGCCGCUUGGUCCAGAGAGGAGCCAUGGAGGAGGUAGUGAUCGCUGGUAUGUCCGGGAAGCUGCCCGAGUCAGAGAACUUGCAUGAGUUCUGGGCCAACCUCAUUGGUGGUGUGGACAUGGUCACGGAUGAUGACCGGCGAUGGAAGGCAGGACUCUAUGGCCUGCCACGGCGGUGUGGCAAGCUGAAGGACCUAUCCAAGUUCGACGCCUCCUUCUUCGGGGUCCACCCCAAGCAGGCCCAAACAAUGGAUCCCCAGAUCCGGCUGCUGUUGGAAGUUGCCUAUGAGGCCAUUGUGGAUGCAGGUAUCAACCCAUCCUCGCUUCGAGGGACGAACACUGGUGUCUGGGUGGGUGUGAGUGGCUCAGAGGCUUCGGAGGCCCUGAGCCGAGACCCAGAGACACUUGUGGGCUACAGCAUGGUGGGCUGCCAGCGUGCAAUGAUGGCCAACCGCAUUUCCUUCUUCUUUGACUUCAAAGGGCCCAGCAUCGCCCUGGACACAGCCUGCUCCUCCAGCCUGAUGGCACUGCACAAUGCCUACCAGGCCAUCCGCAGCGGAGAGUGCCCCGCUGCCAUUGUGGGUGGCAUCAACACGUUGCUCAAGCCCAAUACCUCGGUGCAGUUCAUGAAGCUAGGCAUGCUUAGCCCGGACGGCAUGUGCAAGUCCUUCGAUCAGACAGGGAAUGGAUACUGCCGGUCGGAGGCUGUGGUGGCCGUUUUGCUGACCAAGAAGUCCCUGGCCCGGCGGGUAUAUGCCACUGUUCUGAAUACUGGCACCAACACAGAUGGCUCCAAGGAACAAGGCGUGACCUUCCCUUCUGGAGAAGCCCAGAAGCAGCUCAUUCGCUCCCUGUACCUGCCAGCUGGACCAGCACCAGAGUCCCUUGAGUACAUUGAAGCCCAUGGCACAGGCACCAAGGUAGGCGACCCCCAGGAGUUAAACAGCAUCGCUCAGGUCCUCUGUGCCUCCCGCCAGGACCCACUGCUCAUUGGGUCCACCAAGUCCAACAUGGGGCACCCAGAGCCUGCCUCGGGGCUUGCAGCUCUGACCAAGGUUCUUCUGUGCCUGGAGCAUGGGGUCUGGGCCCCUAACCUACACUUCCACACCCCCAACUCUGAGAUCCCAGCCCUGACUGACGGGCGGCUGCAGGUGGUAGACCGGCCCCUGCCUGUUCGUGGUGGCAAUGUGAGCAUCAACUCCUUCGGCUUCGGAGGCGCCAAUGUGCAUGUCAUCCUCCAGCCCAACACAAAGCUGGCCCCUGUGCCUGCCCCCCAUGCUGCCCUGCCUCGCCUGCUGCAGGCCAGUGGGCGGACCCUAGAGGCUGUGCAGAGCCUGCUGGAGCAGGGUCGCCAGCACAGCCAGGACCUAGCCUUCGUGAGCAUGCUCAAUGACAUUGCGGCCACCUCACCAACAGCCAUGCCCUUCAGGGGUUAUGCAGUGCUGGGCGUGGAGGGUGGUGGCCAGGAAGUGCAGCAGGUGCCUUCAGGCAAGCACCCACUCUGGUUCAUUUGCUCAGGUAUGGGUACACAGUGGUGCGGGAUGGGAGUGAGCCUCAUGCGUCUGGAUGGCUUCCGGGACUCCAUCUUGCGAUCUGAUGAGGCCCUGAAACCAGUUGGACUGAAGGUGUCCAAACUGCUGCUGAGCACAGAGGAAAACACCUUUGAUGAUGUUGUCCAUGCCCUUGUGAGCCUCACGGCCAUCCAGAUUGCUCUCCUAGACCUGCUAACCUCAAUGGGCCUUAGACCUGAUGGAAUCAUCGGGCACUCCCUGGGGGAAGUGGCCUGUGCCUAUGCUGAUGGCUGUGUCUCCCAGGAGGAGGCUGUGCUUGCAGCCUACUGGAGAGGCCAGUGUGUCAAGGAGGCCAGCCUCCCAUCAGGAACUAUGGCUGCCGUGGGUUUAUCCUGGGAGGAGUGUAAGCAGCGCUGCCCCCCUGGCAUUGUGCCCGCCUGCCACAACUCUGAGGACACAGUGACCAUCUCAGGACCUCAGGCUGCCGUGAGCAAGUUCGUAGAGCAGCUUAAGCAGGAGGGAGUGUUUGCCAAGGAGGUACAGACAGGCGGCAUAGCCUUCCACUCCUACUUCAUGGAGGCCAUUGCGCCCGCACUACUGCAGGCUCUCAAGAAGGUGAUCCAGGCCCCAAGGCCGCGCUCUGCCCGCUGGCUCAGCACAUCCAUUCCUGAGGCUCAGUGGCAGGGUAGCUUGGCCCGUACCUUCUCCGCCGAGUACAAUGUCAACAACCUGGUGAGCCCGGUGCUGUUCCAGGAAGCUCUGCGCCAUAUCCCCGAGCACGCUGUGGUGGUGGAGAUCGCGCCCCACGCCCUGCUGCAGGCUGUUCUCAAACGGGGCCUGAAGCCCAGCUGCACCAUUGUGCCCCUAAUGCGGAGGGACCACAAGAACAACCUGGAGUUCUUCCUUACCAACAUUGGCAAGCUCCACCUCGUAGGCAUCAACGCCAACCCCAACGCCUUACUCCCACCUGUGGAGUUCCCAGCACCCCGAGGAACACCCCUUAUCUCCCCUCACAUCAAGUGGGACCACAGCCAGACCUGGGAUGUGCCGGCCGCAGAGCACUUCCCGAAUGGCUCAGGCUCUUCCUCUGCCACCGUCUACAACAUCGAUGCUGGUCCCGAGUCCCCUGACCACUACCUGUUGGACCACUGCAUCGAUGGCCGUGUACUCUUCCCAGCCACUGGCUACCUGUACCUUGUCUGGAAGACAUUAGCUCGAAACCUUAGCCUGCCCUUAGAGCAGACACCUGUGGUGUUUGAGGGGGUGACAGUGCACCAGGCCACCAUCCUGCCCAGGACAGGGACUGUGCCCCUGGAGGUACGGCUGCUGAAGGCUGCCCACGCUUUUGAAGUCUCUCACAAUGGCAACCUGGUAGUGAGCGGGAAGGCAUACCAGUGGGAGGACCCCGACCCCAAGCUCUUCAACCACUCAGAAGACCCAGGUCCCAUGGAGCCGGAGCCCACUUCCCACCUGUCCCUGGCGGAUGUGUACAAGGAGCUGCGGCUGCGUGGCUAUGAAUAUGGCCCCCACUUCCAGGGUGUCUUGCAGGCCAGCUUCAGAGGUAAACAGGGAAAGCUGCUCUGGAAAGACAACUGGGUGACUUUCCUGGAUGCCAUGCUACAGAUUACCAUCCUCAGCAUGAAUCAGCGCAGCCUGUACCUGCCCACCCGCAUCACUGACAUGCGCAUUGACCCCACCGUCCACCUGCAGAAGGUGUACACACUGCAGGAUGAGACCCAAGUGGUUGAUGUGGUGAGCUCCGCUGUGAACAGAAUAGUGGCCGGUGGUGUCUACAUCCUGCAGCUCCAUACAACAUCAGCCCCACGGCGGCAGCAGGAGAGCAUGGUGCCCACCCUGGAGAAGUUUUGCUUCACACCCCACCUGGAAGCAGGGUGCCUGUCUCAGAGUGAGACCCUUCAGGGGGAGCUGCAGCUGUGCAAGGGGCUGGCACAGGCACUGCAGACCAAGGCAGCCCAGCAGGGGCCCCAGAUGGUGGUGCCUGAGCUGGAUGAGACCCAGACACAGCAGGGACUGCCCCGACUGCUGGCAGCUGCCUGUCAGCUGCAGCUCAAUGGGAACCUGCAGCAGGCACUGGCCCAGGAGAGAGCUCUGCUGCCUGAGGACCCCCUCCUCAGUGGCCUCCUCAACUCCCCUGCGCUCAAGGCCUGCUUGGACACAGCUCUGGAGAACCUGCCUAGCAUGAAGAUGAAGGUGGUAGAGGUGCUUGCUGGUGACGGUCACCUGUAUUCACGCAUCCCAGCCCUGCUCACCACCCACCCCAUGCUGCAGCUGGACUACACCGCCACAGACCGCCACCCCCAGGCCCUGGAGGCCAUCCAGGGCAGGCUACACGAGCAUGAGGUUGCCCAGGGCCAGUGGGACCCUGCGGACCCUGCCCCCAGCAGUCUGGGUGCAGCAGAUCUGCUGGUGUGCAAUGGUGCUGUGGCCACCCUGGGGGACCCAGCUCUGGCCCUGGCUAACAUGACAGCUGCCCUCAAGGAGGGCGGCUUCCUGCUGCUGCACACCGUGCUCAGAGGGCACACCCUCGGGGAGACCCUGGCCUUCCUCACCUCAGAGCUGCAGAGUGGGCCCAGCCUCCUGAGCCAGGAUGAAUGGGAGAGUCUGUUCUCAAAGGCAGCGCUGCACUUAGUGGGCCAGAAGACCUCAUUCUAUGGCUCUGCCAUCUUCCUGUGCCGCCGGCCCGCCCCACAGGACAACCCCAUCUUCCUGCCUGUGGAGGACACCAGCUUCCAAUGGGUGGACUCUCUGAAGGAUAUUCUGGCUGAGAUGUCCCCCCGCCCCGUGUGGCUGACAGCCCUGGGCUGCCCCACCUCAGGCGUGGUAGGCAUGGUGAACUGUCUCCGCAAAGAGCCUGGUGGGCACCGGAUCCGGUGCAUCCUGCUUUCCAACCUCAGCAGCACGUCUCAUGUCCCCAAGAUGGACCCUGGCUCCGCAGAGCUGCAGAAGGUGCUGGAGGGAGAUCUGGUGAUGAAUGUGUACCGUGAUGGGGUCUGGGGUGCCUUCCGCUUUUCCUUCCUGGACCAAGACAGACCCCAAGAGCAGACGGCACACGCCUUUGUGAACAUCCUCACUCGUGGGGACCUCUCCUCCAUCCGCUGGGUCUGCUCCCCGCUGAAAUAUGCCCGGCCCACCAGCCCAGAAACGCAGCUCUGCACUGUGUACUAUGCCUCACUCAACUUCCGGGACAUCAUGCUGGCCACGGGCAAACUGUCCCCUGAUGCCAUCCCAGGGAAAUCGAUUAACCGGGACUGCUUGCUGGGCAUGGAGUUCUCAGGUCGAGACGCCCUAGGCCGGCGUGUGAUGGGGCUGGUGCCCUCUGAAGGUCUGGCCACCUCUAUCCUGGUGUCAUCAGCCUUCCUCUGGGAAGUGCCCUCCAGUUGGACGCUGGAGGAGGCAGCUUCUGUGCCCGUGGUCUAUAGCACUGCCUACUAUGCACUCGUGGCCCGGGGGCGCAUAAAGCCUGGAGAGACCGUGCUCAUUCACUCAGGCUCAGGUGGGGUGGGCCAGGCCGCCAUCACCAUCGCGCUCAGCCUGGGCUGCCGUGUCUUCACCACCGUCGGCUCGGCUGAGAAGCGGGUCUACCUCCGGGCCAGGUUCCCCCAGCUUGAUGACACCAGCUUCGCCAACUCCAGGGACACAUCUUUUGAACAGCAUGUGAUGCUGCACACAGGCGGGAGGGGUGUUGACUUGGUCCUAAAUUCCCUGGCGGAAGAGAAGCUGCAGGCUAGCGUGAGGUGCCUGGCUCAGCAUGGCCGCUUCCUUGAAAUCGGCAAAUUUGACCUUUCCAACAACCACCCGCUUGGCAUGGCCAUCUUCCUGAAGAAUGUCACUUUCCACGGGAUCCUGUUGGACGCGCUCAUGGAAAAAAACAGCCCCCAGUGGAACGAGGUGUCGGCCCUCCUGCAGGCUGGUAUCCGUGAUGGUGUGGUGCAGCCCCUCAAGUGCACCGUGUUCCCCAAGGCUAAGGUGGAAGACGCCUUCCGCUACAUGGCCCAGGGGAAGCACAUUGGCAAAGUCCUUGUUCAGGUCCACGAGGAAGAGCAAGAAUCCAGGCUGCAGGGAGCACAGCCCACCCCCAUGGUUGCCAUCUCCAAGACUUUCUUUCCAUCUCACAAGACCUACGUCAUCACGGGAGGUCUGGGCGGCUUCGGCCUUGAGCUGGCUGAGUGGCUGCUUCAGCGAGGGGCCCAGAAGCUUGUGUUGACCUCUCGCUCUGGAAUCCGCACAGGCUACCAGAACAAGCAGGUCACUGAGUGGAGGAGCCAGGGCAUCCAGGUACUAGUGUCCACUCGAGACGCCAGCUCACUGGAGGGAGCGCGUGCCCUCAUUGCUGAGGCCUCACAGCUUGGGCCAAUCGGAGGCAUCUUUAACCUGGCUGUGGUCCUGAGGGAUGCCAUACUGGAGAACCAGACCCCAGAGCAGUUCCAGGAUGUGAACAGACCCAAGUACAGCGGCACCCUAAACCUGGACAGGGUGACCCGGGAAGCCUGUCCUGAGCUGGACUACUUCGUGGCCUUCUCAUCAGUGAGCUGUGGGCGUGGCAACAUGGGCCAGAGCAACUAUGGCUUUGCCAACUCCACCAUGGAGCGCAUCUGUGAGCAGCGCCGUCACGAUGGCCUCCCAGGCCUCGCCGUGCAGUGGGGUGCUAUUGGUGAUGUGGGCAUUUUGCUGGACCUGAUGGGUAACAGUGACACGACCGUGGGUGGCACGCUGCCCCAGCGCAUUGCCUCUUGCCUGGAGGUGCUGGACCUCUUCCUGCAGCAGCCCUAUGCUGUCCUGAGCAGCUUCGUACUGGCUGAGAAGACUGCAACCCACAGGGACAGCAAAGUCCAGCCAGACCUUUUGCAGGCGAUUGCACACAUCCUGGGCAUCCAUGAUCUCUCCAGAAUCAACCUGGACACCUCGCUGGCAGACCUGGGCCUGGACUCACUCAUGGGCGUGGAGGUGCGACAGACCCUGGAGCGGGAGUACGACAUGGUGCUGUCUAUGCGCGAGGUGCGGCAGCUCACGCUGCAGAAGUUGCAGAAGCUGUCCUCCUCCAAGUCCAACCCAGCCAGUGAGCUAGAGUCCCCCAAGGCUAAGGAGGGCAACCAGACCCAGCCACAGGGCCAGCUGAACCUGAGUACGCUCCUGGUAAACCCCGAGGGCCCCACCCUGACACGGCUCAACUCGGUCCAGAGCACUGAACGGCCGCUCUUCCUGGUGCACCCCAUUGAAGGCUCCACCACUGUGUUCCACAGCCUGGCUGCCAAGCUCAGUGUGCCCACCUAUGGCCUGCAGUGCACCCAAGCUGCCCCCCUGGACAGCAUUCAGAGCCUGGCCGCCUACUACAUUGACUGCAUCAAGCAGGUGCAGCCUGAAGGACCCUACCGUGUGGCUGGCUAUUCCUAUGGGGCCUGUGUAGCCUUUGAGAUGUGCUCCCAGCUGCAGGCCCAGCAGGAGCCAGCUCCCGCCCACAACAGCCUCUUCCUGUUUGAUGGCUCACACACCUAUGUGCUGGCCUACACCCAGAGCUACCGCGCAAAGAUGACCCCUGGCUGUGAAGCGGAGGCCGAGGCUGAGGCCAUUUGCUUCUUCGUGCAGCAGUUCACUGACGCAGAGCACAACAGGAUGCUGGAGGCACUGCUGCCGCUGAAGGACCUGGAGGAGCGUGUGGCUGCUGCUGUGGACUUCAUCACCCAGAGUCACCAGAACCUGAACCGACGGGAGCUUCGCUUCGCCGCCCUGUCCUUCUACUACAAGCUGCGUGCAAUUGAGCAGUACACACCCAGGGCCAAGUACCAUGGCAAUGUGACGCUGCUCCGGGCCAAGACUGGUGGCGCCUAUGGCGAGGACCUGGGCGCCGACUACAACCUCUCACAGGUGUGUGAUGGGAAGGUGUCUGUGCACAUCAUCGAGGGUGACCACCGCACACUGCUGGAGGGCAGCGGUCUGGAGUCCAUCAUCAGCAUCAUCCACAGCUCUCUGGCUGAGCCACGAGUCAGCGUGCGGGAAGGUUAGGCUCCUGGCCACUGCCAGCCCAUCACCAGGGACCAUGCCAACACACCACACCGACACCUAGCAUGCAGGGGUUGGGGAGGGUCCCGCCAGUGGAACCUGCCCAAGGCCUAGCACCACCGCCUCCCCUUGGUGGCUGCUAAAAUAGGACUGUGACACACAUCCCAUCCACUUGCCACCUCCCAGUGGGUGCCAGGGAACCCCAGAGCUGCUGACUCGGAGACACUUUGGUCUGUGAAGAGCCAGUGGGACCGGCAGAGCCGGGCUGAGCCUUUUGUACUGUGUGGAGUUGGCCACACUGGUUGGUUGUUGUUUCUGCAUUUAGAUUCUCGUAUUUAUUACAUUCCUGGGCAAGACCCCCAGGGCUGGUCCCAUCCUGUGAAGAUGGCGGGCUCUUGGGGGCACCACACCCUCUCUACUGUGCACAUGCGCUGCCCAGGCGCCCUGCUCCUUCUGCCUACUGCGGGGAGGGCUGGUCCCUGGGUCCCCAGCACCUGGCUGCACCCAUGAUGUAGGGCCAACCUGGCCCUGCGGACCGCACCGGGUACCAACCUGCGUUUGUGUUUGUUUUGCAAAAACAAUUCAAAUUGCUGCUUGGAUUUUGAAAUUGAUUGUACUUGUCAGUGUGAAGAACCAUGUCUGGAUCUUGUUUCAUUUUUACACCAACUUGAUAAAAAUGCUGCUCUUGAUCCCAUCCCCUGAGCCUCCCCACUAUUAAAGCGCAUGUGAGCUCCA